CUUCUGCCACCAUCUUCCUUCGUUUCUGGGUCUAGGUUUUUGCUUUUUGCUGCCAGCGCACCGUGUAGCGAGCGAGCCAUCUUUACCCCUUCGAGUCCGGCGACGUCUGCUCCGAGAAAGUCCACAAACAUUCGCCAUAGGCGACCUCUUGCUUUUGAUGUCUUCUAACCUAGCAGCACAUCUACACUUCCUUGGCCAUUCUGCUCUCUCCGAGAACUCCCGAUAUCCCCUCCCUUUCUAUCUGCAACUUCUCCAAACCCCUCCCCUCCGCGUCCGAGACACUCCUAACCGCCGUCACGAUCCUCGCCACCAUCCAGGGGCAGCCCUCCAUGUCUCACACCACGGCACCCCACAACCACCAGCCUCGCCUCCUCCUCGGCCCCAGAAGCCGACGCCUCGGUAUCAGCUAACCCCCUUUGCCGUCUGUCAAAAAUCUCGAUAGGGCGAGUACUUAGCUCCGGGAAAGCCUCCCGCCCGCCCGCCAUCCCAUCCCAUCCUGCCAUCCUGACACUCCCGGCCGAUCAAACAU